AUGGGUUUGGGCAAGCAAAACCCGGUGGGUUUCGUCUCCGUUGCCAUCUUGACCCUCGAACGAUCGGCGAACCUAAGGGGUGACUGCUUCACCAUCCGGUGCGACAUCAUGGUUGUCCGCGACACCAAGGGCGGCGGCGGCGAGGCGCUCCUGCCCGACAUACACCGGCAUUUCGGCGAUCUCUUUCAAACCAAUGUGGGUGCUGAUGUGACGUUCGAGGUCGGUGGCGAGACGAUCGCUGCACACAGAUGCGUGCUUGCAGCCCGAUCUAACGUCUUCAGGGCACAGCUCUUUGACCCCAUGAAGGAGGGCAGUACUGCUACUACAUCCAGUGUCAUACGGAUCGAAGACAUGGAAGCAAGCAUAUUCAGAGCCUUGCUUAGCUUUGUCUACACAGACUCAUUCCCUGCGAUGCACGAGGAUAGCAUGGAGGAGGACAAAAUGUCACACGUUGUGGAGCAUGGACAAGGAGAGGAAGCUGCAGAAGACAAAAUGCCAGAAGCUGCGGAACAAGGACAAGGAGAGGAAGCAGUAGAGGAUGAAACGCAAGAAGUUGUGGAACAAGGACAAGGAGAGGAAGCAGUAGAGGAUGAAACGCGCGUGCAAUGGCUGCAGGACUUGUUUGUAGCGGCAGACAGAUAUGAUCUCCAAUGGCUCAAGUUCAUCUGUGAAAAACAGCUAUCUGAGCUCAUAGGUGUCAGCUCGGUGACGUCCACCCUUGCUAUGGCUGAGCGGCACCACUGCCGCGGAUUGAAAGAGGCGUGCAUUAAGUUUAUCCUGGUCCAGUCUCCCUCAUGUUUGCAAACAAUAAUGGCGACCGAUGGCUGGGAGCAUAUAAUCGCGACCUAUCCCUCUGUUUUGAACGAGCUCAUCGCCGAGGUUAUCGAUUUGAACCAGCAGACUCUAUCACUCUUUAGUUAG